AUGCCAGUUACAGGCACCACGCCAGUUACAGGGACCACGCCAGACCACGCCAGUGACAGGGACCACGCCAGUUACAGGCACCACGCCAGCUACAGGGACUACGCCAGUUACAGGGACCACGCCAGUGACAGGGACCACGCCAGACCACGCCAGUUACAGGGACCACGCCAGGACCACGCCAGUGACAGGGACCACGCCAGACCACGCCAGACCACGCCAGUUACAGGGACCACGCCAGUUACAGGGACCACGCCAGUGACAGGGACCACGCCAGACCACGCCAGACCACGCCAGUUACAGGGACCACGCCAGACCACGCCAGACCACGCCAGUUACAGGGACCACGUCAGUUACAGGGACCACGCCAGUGACAGGGACCACGCCAGUGACAGGGACCACGCCAGUUACAGGGACCACGUCAGUUACAGGGACCAGGCCACUUACAGGGACCACACCAGUUACAGGGACCACACCAGUUACAGGGACCACACCAGUUACAGGGACCACACCAGUUACAGGGACCACACCAGUUACAGGGACCACACUAGUUACAGGGACCACGCCAGUUACAGGGACCACGCCAGUUACAGGGACCACACCAACUACGCCAGUUACAGGGACCACACCAGUUUUAGGGACCACACCAGUUACAGGGACCACACCAGUUACAGGAACCACACCAGUUACAGGGACCACACCAGUUACAGGGACCACACUAGUUACAGGGACCACGCCAGUUACAGGGACCACGCCAGUUACAGGGACCACACCAGUUACAGGGACCUCGCCAGUUACAGGGACAACGCCAGUUACAGCGACCAUGCCAGUUACAGGCACCACGCCAGUUACAGGGACCACGCCAGACCACGCCAGGACCACGCCAGUGACAGGGACCACGCCAGACCACGCCAGACCACGCCAGACCACGCCAGUUACAGGGACCACGUCAGUUACAGGGACCACGCCAGUGACAGGGACCACGCCAGUGACAGGGACCACGCCAGUUACAGGGACCACGUCAGUUACAGGGACCACGCCACUUACAGGGACCACGCCAGUUACAGGGUCCACGCCAGUGACAGGGACCACGCCAGACCACGCCAGUUACAGGGACCACGCCAGACCACGCCAGUUACAGGGACCACGUCAGUUACAGGGACCACGCCAGUGACAGGGACCACACCAGUGACAGGGACCACGCCAGUGACAGGGACCACGCCAGUGACAGGGACCACGCCAGUGACAGGGACCACGCCAGUUACAGGGACCACGCCAGUGACAGGGACCACGCCAGUGACAGGGACCACGCCAGUGACAGGGACCACGCCAGUUACAGGCACCACGCCAGUGACAGGUACCACGCCAGUUUUAUGGACCACGCCAGUUACAGGGACAACGCCAGUGACAGGGACCACGCAAGUGACAGGGACCACGCCAGACCACGCCAGUUACAUGGACCACGCCAGUUCUAGGGACCACGCCAGUUACAUGGACCACGCCAGUUACAGGCAACACGCCAGUGAACGGACUAUGAGAGAUAUCGCGACUAGACGAAAAUUUGAAAUACACUCAGACGACGCCAUAUUUUGA